AUGACUCUUCUCCUCCAUCUCUUUAUAUGCUAUGUUCUCACUAUCAUUGCUUUCGCUGCAUUCCUGGUCACCACAUUCAUCAAUAUCAUAGUCGUCAUCAUCAUCUUCAUCCUCAUUGUCUUCGUUGUACUCUUCCUGACUCUCGUACUCAUUCUCCCAGAGAUCAAGCUCUGCUUUCGAAGAUCCUCUGCUGUAUACGAUAAGAAGAUCUAUGAACCGUCCUGGAUCUUCGUCAUCCUGCGAAAUGUUCCAUUUGCGGAUGAAGUGCUGGAAGAUUUGAUCUGCUGUUUAGGAAUUGCUUUUAAGCGCACAUAUUCCGGCGGUCAUGUUGGAAACAAUUCUCUUGGUCCGUGGUGGUUCUUUUCCUAG